GACAUAUUUAGGACACUUUUUGAGCCUUAAAUUACAGUUUAAGUUAAGAAAUCACAAUUAACAUCCGUGAAAUGAAAGUAUUUGUGGAUACCUGUGAAGAUUUCGUUUAGAAUCACUGCCAAUGGGGGGAAAAACAAGAGUAUAUACAGAAAACACAGCCAUGGCGGCCGGGCAGUGGGUGGGGCGGGUGUUUCAGGCUUCUGGGGAAAGGAGAUGGCAGAAUUUUGCUGCCCUGGGGAUGUGCGUGCUUCUGUUUACCAGUGCCACGCACGCAAGCUCCAUGAACGCCAUCGAGGAGCCUGUGACCCGGCGCCACCACCAGCGACACCACGACCGGGAAAAGGAGCGGGAGCCGCGCGAGGAGAACGGCUACUGUGCCCCCUACAACGGCAAGGUGUGCAAGCAGUACAUAACUGGACAGGUGUGGUAUAGCUUGGACGAUCCUACGGGCGGCUGGAAAAAUGAGCAAGUGACCACCGCUCUCUGGGAUGAACUGAUUUCUGAUCUUUCGGGCUUAUGCCGGGAAGCUGCCGAGAAAAUGCUGUGCGCCUAUGCGUUUCCCAACUGCCACCUGGAAGCAGGCAGGGCCGUGAAGGCGCCACUCUGCUUCGAGGACUGCCAGGCCACUCAUCUGCAGUUCUGCUACAACGAUUGGGUGCUCAUCGAGGAGAAGAAGGAGCGGAAUAUGUUCAUCAAGAGUCGUGGCCAUUUCCGGCUGCCGAACUGCUCGUCCCUUCCGCACUACAAUGCCUCCAUGCGAAGACCCAACUGCUCCUACAUCGGCCUCACCGAGCUCAAGCAGUCGGAAAUUAGUUAUGACUGCCGCAAUGGCAAUGGACGUUUCUAUAUGGGUACUGCCAACGUGACCAAAUCUGGUAUACCCUGUCAGCGCUGGGACACCCAGAAUCCGCACAAGCACAUCCAGCCACCUUUGGUCUUCCAUCAGCUCCUGGAGGGCGAAAACUAUUGCCGCAACGCAGGCGGUGAGGAACCACAGCCUUGGUGCUACACCGUGGAUGAAUCCGUACGCUGGCAACACUGCGACAUACCCAUGUGCCCCGACUAUGUGGAUCCUAAUGCCGGGGAUGUGAGCACACCAAUCAAAAUGGAAAAGUUCUUCACGCCAUCGAUGAUUUUCUUGCUGGCGGGCAUUGGCUUUGUGGCCAUUGUGGCUCUACAUCUGAUGAUUCUUCUGGUCUACAAGCUGUCUAAACACAAGGACUACUCCCAGCCACCUGGAGCCACACCGGCAGACUGCAAUGUCUCCAUGCGGGGCGGAGGCGAGUGUGGCGGAAAUCUAAAUACCAGUCGCGAAACUUUGGGAGGCAACGUCAACACGAACACCUUGGGAAAGUGGGGCACCAUUCGCAGCACGGCCACGGUGCACAGCAAUUGUGUGGCCCUCACAACAGUGACCACUGCCAGUGUGGAUACCAAGGGAAGCAAGCCAAAUGCCCGUCUGGAGAAGCUGGAAUACCCAAGAGGGGAUAUCGUGUACGUAAGAUCCCUAGGACAAGGUGCAUUUGGUCGCGUGUUCCAGGCAAGAGCUCCUGGGCUAGUGCCCGGCCAGGAAGAGCUCCUGGUGGCCGUGAAAAUGCUUAAGGAUGAUGCCAGCGACCAGAUGCAGAUGGACUUUGAGCGGGAGGCCUGUCUGCUGGCCGAGUUCGAUCACCCCAACAUCGUAAAGCUACUGGGAGUCUGUGCUCUGGGCAGGCCUAUGUGCCUCCUGUUUGAAUACAUGGCUCCCGGCGAUCUCAGUGAGUUCCUGCGUGCCUGCUCUCCCUUUAAUACUCACCAGGCUCCGGUACGCGAUCGCCUGCAGCUGAACGAGCUGCAUCUUCUCCAGAUGUCCGCCAAUAUUGCCGCCGGAAUGCUCUACCUUUCGGAGCGCAAAUUCGUCCACCGGGAUUUGGCCACCAGGAAUUGUCUAAUCAACGAGCUUAUGACCGUGAAGAUAGCUGACUUUGGGCUGUCGCACAAGAUCUAUCUGCAGGACUACUACAAAGGCGACGAGAACGACUUCAUCCCGAUCCGUUGGAUGCCCCUGGAGAGCAUCCUGUACAACAAGUUCUCCCUGGAAUCGGAUGUGUGGGCCUAUGGCAUUUGCCUUUGGGAGAUAUUCUCCUUUGCCCUGCAGCCGUACUUUGGGCUGACCCACGAGGAGGUCAUCAAAUACAUCAAGGAGGGCAACGUACUCGGUUGUCCGGACAACACGCCGCUCUCAGUCUAUGCCCUGAUGCGCCGCUGCUGGAACCGGAAGCCCAGCGAACGGCCCGGCUUUGCAGAAAUUAAUCACUGCAUCCAGCACAGCAUUGCCGAGAGUGAGUGCAAGGCGAUGCUGUAGGAGAUUGCCGGGGACAUUGAACCGAUGCUGAUAGAAACGGAAUGAGUGACCGACGUCUUCCGUGGAAUCAAGCUAGAGAGGAUGUGAUCCAUGGGGGGCUCUAAGCAACGGAGAUUAUGAUUUUAAACUUUUUUAUUCUAAGGGGUAUACUGAUUUAUUUAUUUUUUUCUGAAAUGUAAAGGGAAAGGAUCUCCCUGCUGCUUGGAGCUGACCAUGGAUUGUAAUCCGAGUCACUCUUUUUUUAAAACUAACCAAUGCAAUUGAUUUGAAUUACUUGCACUCGACGAGAUCGGAGGGCGGAACGGAUUGUGAUUAAGAUUAGACCGACGCUCCAUAUCUUUAACUAAGUCUUCGAUUGGCUGCUUCCAAGCAAUAUUUUAUUUCCUACUUUGGUAUACUCGAUGCCCUCCGAUCUCGGCCACCACUCGGUCACUAGCCACCAGUUGAUUAGUCUGCCACAACGAACGCAUCCAGCUCACGUUCCGUACUCAUAUCUAGUCCGUAGUUUAAGUUUAUCCAUUAUCCAUAUACAUACGCAUGUGUAGAUUGCAUUUUAAUGGGUUCUAUUCUCGAUUAGACUUAAGCACUGCCAUCGAAGCACUCCGCAGAUCGCUGGUGCUGGGUGGGACUUCGACACAGGAACCACACUCUCACAGAUACCGGAGACCAUCAAAACAAUAAGGAAUAUGAAAUAUCGAAUAUUUAGAGAACUGUCUACCGCCCGAAUUUCUGGGUAACUUUACAUAAUCUUUGUAACUAAAAAGUGUUGAAUGUAAUUUGUAUAAUAAACCAUCCAUAAUCGUACAA